AUGGGGAACUGUCUAUCAGCACAUCCGCACGCCAGCGCGAGCCAUAAGCUGCGCAAGUUCUACAAGAUCCAGGAUAACUUCGACACCAUCGAGAAGGUGCAGGCAGCUUUGAGAAGCGUGGGACUUGAAUCCAGCAACCUCAUAGUCGGAAUCGACUACACAAAAUCCAACACUUGGACGGGAGAGAAAACCUUUGGCGGCAAAUCGCUUCAUACGAUAGAGGUCGAUCGACCCAACCCAUACCAGCAAGUGAUUGAAAUCAUCGGAAGAACGCUGGAAGUUUUCGAUGACGACAAGCUGAUUCCUGUGUUCGGGUUUGGAGACAAUUUCACAUCCGACAAGAAGUGUUUUCCUUUCUUCCCUGACAAAAGACCUUGUGAGGGAUUCGCCGAGGUGAUCACUCGAUACAACGAGAUCACGCCAGGUAUCGUGCUCGCCGGCCCCACCAACUUCGGCCCUGUGAUCCGCGAAGCCAUCAGCAUCGUCAAGUCGGAGAAGUCUUACCAUAUCCUCCUCAUCAUUGCUGACGGUCAAGUCACCAACAAGAAGGAUACAGAGAACGCGAUCGUGGAGGCUUCCAACUACCCGCUUUCAAUCGUCGUGGUCGGGGUGGGGGAUGGCCCGUGGGAGACUAUGGAGGAGUAUGACGACGAACUACCAACAAGGAAAUUUGACAACUUUCAAUUUGUUCCAUUCAAUCGGGUGAUGAGCUCUGUUCCCAGAGGAACAAGUCCAGACGCAUACUUCGCGCUCAACGCCCUCAUGGAGGUUCCCGAGCAGUUCAAGCUGAUCAAGGACUUGCAAUAUCUGUGA